GCCUCGCCUCGGGCUCGCCGCCACCAGCAGCAGCAGCAGCGGAGGAGGAGGCAGCAGCGGGGUCCCCCGCGGCAGGGGAGGAUGAAGGUGACCGUGGACUUCGAGGAGUGCCUGAAGGACUCGCCGCGCUUCAGGGCAGCUUUAGAAGAAGUAGAAGGAGAUGUGACAGAACUGGAACUGAAACUUGACAAGCUGGUGAAGCUUUGUAUUGCAAUGAUUGAUACUGGGAAAGCAUUCUGUACAGCCAACAAGCAGUUCAUGAAUGGAAUUAGAGACCUUGCACAAUAUUCCUGCAAAGAUGCCUUGGUUGAGACCAGCUUGACAAAGUUCUCUGACACCUUACAGGAAAUGAUCAAUUAUCACAAUAUCCUGUUUGACCAAACCCAAAGAUCAAUUAAAGCACAGCUUCAGACUUUCGUUAAAGAAGACAUUAGGAAAUUUAAAGAUGCAAAGAAACAGUUUGAAAAAGUUAGUGAAGAAAAAGAGAAUGCUCUAGUAAAAAAUGCCCAGGUUCAAAGAAAUAAGCAACACGAAGUAGAGGAGGCAACCAAUAUUUUGACUGCAACACGGAAAUGUUUUCGACACAUAGCUCUGGAUUAUGUUCUUCAGAUCAAUGUUCUUCAGUCUAAAAGGAGAGCAGAAAUCUUAAAAUCGAUGUUAUCGUUUAUGUAUGCCCAUCUGACUUUUUUCCAUCAAGGCUAUGAUCUUUUUAGUGAACUUGAGCCCUACAUGAAAGAUCUUGGUGCACAGCUGGAUCAGUUGGCUGUAGAUGCUGCAAAGGAGAAGAGAGAUAUGGAGCAAAAGCACUCCACUAUUCAACAAAAGGAUUAUUCCAGUGAUGAUACUAAACUAGAAUACAAUGUAGAUGCAGCCAAUGGUAUUUUUAUGGAAGGCUAUCUAUUUAAGCGAGCCAGCAAUGCCUUCAAGACUUGGAACAGGCGCUGGUUCUCAAUACAGAAUAACCAACUCGUGUACCAGAAGAAAUUUAAGGAUAAUCCCACAGUAGUUGUUGAAGAUUUGCGGCUUUGUACAGUUAAACACUGUGAAGACAUAGAAAGACGUUUCUGUUUUGAAGUGGUUUCUCCAACAAAGAGCUGCAUGCUUCAGGCUGACUCGGAGAAGCUGCGACAGGCCUGGAUUAAGGCUGUUCAGACCAGUAUUGCUACAGCAUAUAGAGAGAAAGGGGAUGAAUCUGAGAAACAGGAAAAGAAAUCCUCCCCUUCCACUGGAAGCCUAGAAUCUGGCAGUGAGACAAAGGAGAAGUUGUUGAAGGGCGAAAGCGCUCUCCAGCGCGUUCAGUGCAUUCCUGGUAACGCCGCCUGCUGCGACUGUGGCUUGGCUGAUCCUCGGUGGGCCAGCAUCAACCUGGGCAUCACCCUCUGCAUCGAGUGCUCUGGGAUACACAGGAGCUUGGGAGUCCACUUUUCAAAAGUAAGAUCUUUAACGCUGGAUUCAUGGGAACCUGAACUUCUAAAGCUUAUGUGUGAAUUGGGAAAUGAUGUUAUAAAUAGAAUAUAUGAAGCGAAGUUGGAAAAAGUGGGAGUGAAGAAGCUACAACCUGGAAGCCCAAGGCAGGAGAGGGAGACAUACAUCAGAGCAAAAUAUGUGGAAAGAAAGUUUGUAGAGAGACAGCCUGCGUCAGUAUCUCUGCUGGAAUCUGGAACAAAAGUUUUGCCUCAAAGUCAACAAGAGAAAAGGCACAGCGGCCCUGAAAAACCCCUUUUGGCUGGGGAGCAAAGUGCGGCAUCCCAAAAAGUCCAAAGCAGUGACAGUGGGAUCCAGCAGAGUGCUGAUGACAGCAGAGAACACCUUGCCUCUACUACAUCAGUGAACAGUUUGUAUGAACCAGAAGGAGACAAGCAAGAGUCUUCUGCGUUCUGUGACUCCAAACAGCCUAGUCCAGGGCUGCAGCUGUAUCGAGCUGCCUUUGAGAAGAAUCUUCCUGAUAUGGCAGAAGCAUUGGCCCACGGAGCUGAAGUAAACUGGGUCAAUGUAGAGGAAAACAAAGCAACACCACUCAUUCAGGCCGUGCGAGGGGGUUCGUUGGUUACGUGUGAGUUCUUGCUGCAGAACGGGGCCAACGUGAACAUCAGGGACAUGAAGGGAAGGGGGCCGCUGCACCACGCCACGGUCCUAGGACACACUGGGCAAGUGUGUUUAUUCCUAAAACGAGGAGCAAACCAGCAUGCCACCGACGAAGAUGGGAAAGAUCCAUUGAGUAUAGCAGUAGAAGCUGCAAAUGCAGAUAUUGUAACGCUGUUGCGUUUAGCACGGAUGAAUGAAGAAAUGCGUGAAUCGGAAGGACUCUAUGGACAGCCAGGAGAUGAAAUUUAUCAGGACAUUUUUCGUGACUUUUCUCAAAUGGCAUCAAAUAAUCCAGAGAAGCUAAACCGUUUCCAGCAGUCAGAUUCCCAGAAGUCUUAAGUGUCAAGAAGGAAAAGAACCUGAUCUUUAUAGUGCAAGUCUUUUUUUACUUUAGUGGAAUGAAUUAUAUGCAUUUUGUUAGAUAGUUUGGAUAAAAUGACCACUCUAAUGUAGCUUUAGAUUGUGGUAGCUGGGGAAAUGUGUGAGUUGUUUUAUGUCCUACAGUACGUAUACCUCAGCAGCUGAAGAAAAUGUUUAAAAAAAAUAAUAAAUGCCUGCUAGCUCAGUAUGAAAAUAGUACCUGUUAGCAAGUAUGGUGUUUGUCUGCAGUUCGUACAUAAAGUUAGCGGAGCAGAUUGCAGGCUCUGGAUGGCAGGACGGUCAGACCACCUUUGCUGUUUAGUGUCCCCUACUGUCAUCUGUCUCCCCGUUGCCAUGAAGAAUGUGCCUCUGACAAGAAGGUCUGGGUUGCAUUUUCUGGGACUAUUUGGAAGGGAAAUCGGGUAACGACUUACUGGGUUGUCCUUCUGUUUGUGGGCCUGUAACCUAACAGAUUCUCUUGUUCCUACACUGACUGUGGUCAGAGGUAGGCUGUUCAUAACAAGAGGUGGUAACUCCUGUUCUUUCACAAGUGGAAGCUUUAACACCAGGCUGGCCUUUACGCUGGUGACUGCGGGUCAGUCACAAUAGGUGUCUGUCCUGGAGGACCAAACUUCUAAGAGCAGUCUAUUUUUUCCUUUUUUUUCUCUUAAAUUAAACUUUCUGUGCAGUGAGUAUACUUUUAAAUGAGCAUGUGGAACUUUUCAUGAACAAUAAACUUAAUCCUUUUGGAUGUGUUGUGGGGUUUGUUUGUAGUAUCUUGACAUCAAAACUUGAAAUUUGAGACAUGAAAGUAAAUACUGAGCCAGUGGAGUUUGUGUAGAACAGUGAUGGGAAGGCUGUUUGUUACCUUUCCUUUCGCUGUUCUCCCCACUAGCCCUAAGCUGAGUAUGUAAGAUCUCAUAUGUAAUGCAGCCACCCUGAAUCUAGGGCAGUCUAAUCCUUUAUAUCAGAAAGCAGUAUCCUUUAUGUGAUCUGCAGAGAUGUGUAUGUGGACAUGUUGCCUAAACUAAGGUGUACACAAGAAAACCUAGGAAUUUCACUGCAUGUUUUUGCAAAGUAGGGAACAACCAUAGUCUCCAGCUGUAUUCUGAGGGCAGCAACACAGUUUGCUUUAUGGAAUAGUGAGCUCUGCUGAUAUGUCUAUAAAUGGUAUCUGUAGAUACAUGCUUAUGUGUCAGGUUAUUUAAUACCUAGAUAGUAAUCACCUGAAGCACUAAAGUAGCAGAUGCAAUUCUUUAUGCUCUAUUUGUCUGCCCUACACAUAACUUUAGGAGAAUUUUUAGGUAGCAUAGCAUCAAUCUGAGAUUUUAACAAUCCUAAUAGCCAUGGCAUUAUGCCAACCUGCUGUUUGAAUGUAUUUAGAAAAUGAAUUGGCUUUUCCCCAAGCUGGCUGAGAAGAAAAAUUGGCUAAAAAAUUUUGGUAAGCUAUGGUAAAAUUAAACUGUCUGGCAUGUUAAAUUUGUAAGCUAUUUCAAAUAUUUAUCGUUUUGCAUCAACUGUGGAAUAAUGUAUCAGAUCUGAAUGAUUAUUGCUGCAAAGCUAAUAGCAUUUUAGAAGUGUCCAAUAGAUUCUUUUUUCAAGCAGAAGAACCUUACAAAACAGUUCUUGCUUUGUGAGUGCUCUAAUUAUGCUAGGAAAAGCAGACUCUGCCCAUUUAAAAAGUGUGUUUAGUCUGAAUAAUAAACUUAGGAGUAUCACCUGUAAGCAGUAGUUUCUAGUAAGUUGUCUUUUAAAUAGCUGUUUAUGAAAUAAUAUACUUCCUAAUCUGCAGUAUUUAGCAGCAGUGGAUAUUAUAGUAGAUCUUAGAGAAAGUAAAAUACCCAGUGUACAGAUGGGACUAUGUAAGAUAUGGCUACGUAUAGUAUACACUUUAGACAUAGGUUUUUCUAAAGAGUUACCUUUCGCAGCCUGCCUGACAGCAGUAUAUGGUGUGAUUGGCUACAGUGUAAAGCUCCCUAAAGCUUAAUGGCAUAAUCACUAUCUCAGUCCGUGCUUCUUGGAAAAAUGUCUGAGAGACUUCUUUUGAAUCUCUGCUGGUAUUUUCCUUCCUAGCCAUGAAAAUUUGUGACACUUUUUGCAGGACAGCUUCCUGUAGACUUUUUUCAGGUCAGGUGCAAUACAUGUGUCAAUAUGUUGCUCAUCAGCAAAAAUGAAUAUGCCAUUAAGCUGCAUGAAAUGCAUUGAGGGCUUAGUCCUGCCAAAGACUGUCAGGGUCAGUGCUUCAGGGACUCUCUAACUCAGAGGAUCCAGCCCUCAGUAAUACAAAAUAUGAUUAUUUCUAGUACUCUGAAGAUCUGGAUUUCCCUAUCGAGUUCUAACUUGAGUGCUAAUCUUCUGCUCAGCAAUAUUAAGAAACUUCCAUUUUUAUUACAAUGCGAAUCUGAGUAUAACUAGAAUAAGACAGUAGUGCUCCAUUGUAGGUUAGCAUCUUGUACUCUGUGCCAGGUAAUGGGAAGCUUCAAUUCCAGUUCAUGUUUCUGUGUGGAUAUGAAAUAUCAAAGGUCUCAGUCAGUGAGGUACAAAAUCAGUAGAUUCCUAACACGAUUUAAAAUCAGCUUUCAUGUGUAUUUCUAGUAAUUUACGAGAUAGCCCAUUGAAAGAUUUUAUAAUAUCUUUCCUAGCCAGAGUUAGAUCAUGUGUUCCAAAGGUCUCUUGGAAAGACAAAUGUCAAGGAGCUCAGCAUAUAUUCUAAUGCAUCUUGACUUCAGAGGUAUAAUUUACUGAUGUUGCACAUUGGCUAUAGUGGGGUCUGUGGUGUUUCCUUAGUGAUCUGUAUUGUUUUGAUUGUUCAUUAGGUUUCAUCUUUAAUCUUAAUGUCAGUACAGAGCAUAUAAACUAAAUUUUUUGAAUUAUCAUACUGAAUUAUGCCACUGAAUUAUAUUAGACAUGCUGGAAUUUGUCCCUGUAAACUUUAGUGAAGGUGGUAGAUGGUAGAAGUCUUCCUUUGCUUUCACAAGCUGCACAUAUUGCUGUCUGAACGUGUGUUUCAGCUGUUCAUUACUAUGUUGUAGACCUCAGCCUCUUUACCAAUUAGGACCUAAUCUAAGAACUCCACGAAAUCAGUGGCAGCCUUACCACUGAUUUCAGAAGCUUUAGAUUGUAUCAUUCCUGGCCUCUAAUGUUAGUGUGUUAAAGGACCCUGUAUUGAUACUGCAUUUUUCACUCUGGGGUUUUAUAUUUUACCUAUUUAUAUACUGAGCUGAAAUAGUUUUAGAAAAUGCAACCAGACCUUCCAACUGCUGUCAGGAAAUCCCUGUUUAAGAGGCAGUUUCUCCUGUUUUGCUUUAUGAUAUCAGCACACACAUGUUGUCCAGAUUAUUAGAGUUAUCCUAGAUGGAGCAAAAACUUUGUAGCACUAAAGAAAAAAGGUGAGAACAGGAGUAAGCAUAGGGUUGGCUGUGGUGUUUCCAGGACUGUGGUGCUUCGCUGCAGACAUCUGUUUUAAAGCGUGGAUAUUAACUCUGCUUUUUGAUCAUGAGAAUCCCAAAUGCCACAGUGAAUAUAAAAGGACUAUUUGAUAGAACUACAACUAGUGUGCAAGUACCACGGGCAUAAUAUUUUUACACUGUUAAAAGGACUGAGCUGAUUAUUCUGAUUAUCUAAUACACUUAGAAGCAUUUUGAGAGUCAGUUUUGCAAACCUACCCCCUCUGCCCAUUCACAGAUGGACACUUUUUCCCCAAGUUAGAGAACAUGCCACUUGUUUGUGCACCCUGGGAGCCAAACUGUCUUGCUGUCUUGCACAAAAGCACAUUUUUAAAACGGGGACAGCUCCAGAAAGGCAGUGCUGGGGAAAAGGAUGAAUGUACCACUUUGGUAUAUUGCCUUUCAUACACUUGCUUUAUCUUUCUGCAUACAGUAUUUUCUUGUUUCUCUUCCCAUGGAAGGAGAUGAUAGAGGAGGAAAAAUUCCCACUCACUUUUCUGUUAGGAUUUGAUUUUCCAUGUUUUGAUAGAAAUCACUGAGAAAUUAUAAUUUCCUCAAGCAGAGAGGUUACUCUGUGUGAAAUAAUCAACUGUUUUUUUUCUUUACCCACGUGUCACUCUGUGCUCGGUGUUUUUUAAGCAUUCCAGCAGUAAAAUGCUCCUGUGACCCCUUCCCCCUUAAGGUAUAACUGUAAAGAAUGUAUAACCAGCCCUAGUUUGCAUUUAUUAAGUCUGUAGACUUUGUAUCCAAAACUUGAAUGUAGUUUUCUGUAGCUUGCCAUUGUAAAUGAGAGAAGCGCGUUAUUACCUUUGUAGUUAAUCGACUGUACAUGCUGUAAGGAUUGUAAAUACUGUACUUGAUUAAACCUUUGUAUGCUGUCAA